AUGCCACUCACGGCUCAGACAGUCUCUGCUACUGACGGAUGCCAUAUGGAGGUCUAUCACACCAGCAUUCUCUUGUAUCCCUUGGUUGUGCUGACCAUCAUAGGACCACUGUGUACGGCUUGGGUUGCAUCAUGGUCAGACAUAGGCAACAUGAAGGUGUCUGAGGCAAGCAACUGUGGUAGUGUACCAGACACACCAGAAGGAUCAGGGGGCAAAGAGACUGCCAACAAGAUAAUGGACCAGAUCCAUGGCCCACAGGUACAUUGCUUCCUCACUCUGCUGCAACUCUAUCCUAUAGCUGAAAUAGCCCCUAUGAUGAAUUUUGAUAGGCUGCAAGCAAUUUCUUGA